AUGGCCGAUUCUGCGAAUGCUCCGAAACCGAGCAGCAGCGUCAAGCUGGUUCUUCUCGGCGAGGCUGCUGUUGGAAAGUCCUCGUUGGUCCUUCGAUUCGUCAACAACGACUUCCAGGAGAACAAGGAGCCCACUAUUGGAGCUACAGUUAGCCAGCUAACACCACAUGUCUGUCUUAAAGCUGCUUUCUUGACACAAAAAUGUAACCUUCCUACUCGCACCAUCAAGUUCGAAAUCUGGGAUACCGCCGGCCAGGAGCGCUUCGCUUCUCUGGCGCCCAUGUACUACCGGAAUGCCCAAGCCGCCCUUGUCGUCUACGAUCUUACCAAGCCUACAUCUCUCAUCAAAGCCAAGCAUUGGGUUGCCGAGCUGCAACGGCAAGCAUCGCCCGGGAUCGUCAUCGCCCUUGUCGGAAACAAGCUAGAUUUGGCUAGCGACUCUGCGACUGGAAAUGAAACCGCUGAAGAUGGUGAGGAGUCGGGCGACGCUCGCAAGGUCUCAACAGAAGAGGCCAAGGCAUACGCUGAGGAGGAAAGCCUGUUAUUCUUCGAGACGAGCGCAAAGACUGGUCACAACGUUACGGAAGUGUUUACCGCCAUUGCCAAUGCCAUCCCCGAAACGUCCUUAAAGUCCGCCAGAGGCCCCGGCGCCGCCGGUACUGCCAACCGAGCUGGCGAAGAGCAGAGAGUCAACUUGGGUGGCCCCAGGGAUGCUGGCGCGAAGGAUGGGUGUGCUUGUUAG